AUGAGUAACACCAGCAAUCACCUGCUAAUUUUGCCUGAACUGGAAGAGAAGGCUCGAAGAGAAGGGCGCAACAAAAGCAGAAACAGUAUGCAAUAUUCCUCACGAAGGAGGUCUCGACGGGAUUCCAUCAGAUCCUCUAAAAGUGCUGGAUCUCGUGAUAACUCUACCGCUGCGACUAGUCGAUCCUCCGGCAUGUCUGAGAGAUCUCUGGAAUCUAUGAGUUCGUCUUCUAGCUCUGGGAUAUCCUCUAGAUCGUUGACUAGGACUUCUAGCUACCAGAUGAAAUCAAACCAUCUAAAUCUUAUGGACGAGUUGGAAGAGAAGGUGGCUCGAAUGAACGCCCUGUCUUCUGGAACCCAAAAGCGUAGAAGUAAAAGUGGCGACAAGUGGCGUCGGUCCUCGAGACGAAGCCAUGCCGGAAGCUCCAAUAGAAGAUCAUCCAGCUUGAGCUCAUCUGAAAGAUCAUGUAGCUCAGGAAAUUCCGGAUCCACAACAAGUGAAGCAAGACAUGGAGCCAGAGACGAGCACAUAAGACGAAGGUCAUCCUCGGGUGGAUCAAGGCGUGGAGCCAGGGAAGAGAACAAACGACGAAGGUCAUACUCCAGUGGAUGGAGGGCUCAGGGCAGUUCUUCUCGGGAUGUUCCUCCCAGCAUGCCACCCCGUGAUGAUCCUCCACGCAUUCCAUCUCGUGCUUAUAACACCUCUAACCUACCAGAAAAAGAGAACCUGAGAUGGACUUCUCAUUCGAAUCAAUCGAGACGACGAUCGCCAUCCAGUGGUGCAGGGGCCGCGAGUGGUUCUUUCCAAGUCGCCAACAGGAACAUUGCUUUGUCUUUCUCAUCUUCUCGCUCUGGCAGAAGGAAAGGGCGAAGCAACAGUUCUACAUCUUCGCGAAGCUCAUCAGGUUCUGCUGCGCGCGCUAGCUCAGAUCAAGAUCUCACCAACAGCCGUCCUCCCAGCGUUCCUGGCGCCAUUCGCGUGAACAGCAUUGGCGACGUCAGCGUUCUUUCAUCUGCAUCGUCCCACGUUUCAAUCGAUGGCAGUGUACGCAGUUCGGUUUCAUCACUUUCAUCAGGCUCACUCGAUGACAGCACUCGAAGCACGGGCUCCUCCUCUUCGCGCCGCAGCACUCGAAGCUCGCGGUCAUCUUCGCGUCGUAACCGAUCACUAGACAUUAGUCUUCACAGCUGGCCGGAAGAAAACGAAGAACAGGAAGAAGAUGAAUACUCUUUCGCUUGUAAUAGCACAGAUCACAGCCGAUCGGUUCUGAUGUCAGUGGACGAGGAACCUGUUAUUGUAGCAUCUAUGGCCGAAGACAACGAAAACGAACUCCAAGCUGCUCGCGAACAGGGCAGACGAGAAGCUCUGACACAAGUGACUAGACACAACAGUGAUCAUGUUAUCAUUGCCGUGGCACGCGAUCAUGACGACGAGAGCCAAGCUGAGUCUCUGGUAGAUGAAAAGAAGAAAAGGAAAGUUUUAUGCUGGGCAUUCUUGCUUUGCUGUCUGCUGGUCACUGUUGGCGCCGCAGUAACAUCGCUUCUCUUUGUUGGAAAGGGCACCGGAAGAAUGGGGCCUCCCAUUAAAGAGGAUCUCGAUUCUAACUUGAAGGGAGUCAUUGUGUUCACCCCUCCAACAAAAGAGGAGUGUGACGCGAUCGUCAGUGGCAACAUUUUGGAGGAUCAGAUGUCUUUGAUUCAAAAAUCCUUUGAUAUCCAGAUCGACAUCACCCUUGCAUCAGAAGCUGACUUUGGUCCUCUUCUCGGCGACCUCAUCAAGCACGUUCAACAAAUGUUGAUUCCGGUAAUGGCAGGAUGCCAAGCUAUUGACUUUUUUGACGCUACCAUUGCAAUUACAGAUGGCAUUUCAGCUACCAAUGCUAGUGGCGCCAUUGCUAACGGACAAGUUCAUGAGAGCAGAGAAGAGUCUUGUGCUGAUGACCCUAUCGGCAAUUGCAAGAGUUAUGUGCUUAUCUUGGAUUUAUACUUGGAAGAAGACAAGUCCAAUGCCAUGCUUUUGGAGGCAAUUGGACAAACGGUAACGAGCGACGACAUUGCCAACACGCUUGGCCUCUUGUAUUCUGUACAGUCGGUGUCCGUCCCCGUGAUUGUACCCCUAAUCGAUGAUGGCACAUCAACUCCAGAGCCCACCCAAGACUCUAGGACUAGUACACCAGUUGCCUCUUCUACAUUUGCGCCAUCCAGCAGGGUACCAAAUGCCGCUGCACCAACUGGAGCCCCAGUCAGCGCAACAGCUGCACCAAGCAAAGCGACAACCUCGAGUCCAGUCAAUGAACCAACCGACUCGCCAACACGACGACCAACGUCGAGCCCAACCAUGGUUCCAACCAAGCCGCCAUCUCAAAGCCCGACCAAGUCAACGACUGAUAAGCCUACCAAAAUUCCAACCGAGUCGCCGGUCGACAGCCAAACUAGGACUCCAACAGCUAUACCCACGCCUGUUCCGACUCCGCCUCCAACUGGCUCACCAACCAAGUCUCCAACUCCGCCUCCAACUGGAUCUCCAACCAAGUCUCCAGCUCCGCCUCCAACUGGCUCACCAACAAAGGCUCCAACUCCACCUCCAACUGGAUCUCCAACAAAGGCUCCAACUUCACCUCCAACUGGAUCUCCAACAAAGGCUCCUACUCCACCUCCUACAGAGGAACCCAUUGAAGUAGGGCAGGUAGCACCCACAACUGGUAACUUUUGUUGUUCGAAGAACUUUCUCACCUGCGGUGGAGUCGGAGCUGCAUGCCAAGAGAGUGAAGCAUCCUGCGGUGCCUGUGGCGGCGCAGCCUGGAUUGAAGAAGGUGCCUGCACUGGACUUGGCCGAAACGAUGACUGUACAGACAACGAAUCUGGUUGUUGCGCCGGCACAUGCACACCUCUGGGAAAUGGGGAUAAAUCGCAAUGCCGUCUAUAA